AUGUUGGAGGACGCGGUGCCGUCGGUGUGGGCGGCGGUGAACGGCUGGUUCACUCCCUCAGUCCUUUUCGUGCUCCUCAACAUCGUGAUCGGCACCAUCGCCGUCACCUCCAAGGGAAUCCGAGGUAUGCAUCCGCAUCCUCGGAACGACGACGAUCCCCUGCACCAGCACAUUAGCGGUCCCGACCAGUUCCAUUCGUCGCCAUCCAUGUUGGAGCGCCUCAAGUCCUUUCGCGGCUUCUACCGCACCCAAUCAGGCCAGAUCCCCUUCGAGGCGGCUGUCGUCGAAGCUUCCCUCCGUGGAUCCGAGGCCGAUAAAUCUUUAGAAAACCUAGACGAUGCGUACGAGGCAGCAGUCGCUACCUCCUCCACGAAGGAGCACCCCGUCUCGAGGAGCCAGUCCGAGUCGACGCCGACUGUCAGGAAAAUGGCCGCCAAGCUGAUGAAGUCGGUGAGCGCCAUGUCUGCGUUUCAGCUCGAGGAGAAGGUGGUGCCUCAACGGCCAGCGACGCCAAAGCCUAGCCAUCCACCGGAGGACGAGGAGGUGGAUGCCAAGGCCGACGACUUCAUCAACAGGUUCCGGCAACAACUGAAUCUGCAGCGUCUAGAAUCCAUCAUCAGGUACCGGGAUAUGCUCGGCCGAGGAAAAUAG